AUGAACCAGACAAUAGUGAAAGAAUUUAUAUUUCGAGGAUUUGAAAUUCAUAAUUAUCACUUGAAAAUGUUGACUUUUAUCAUUUUCUUAAUGGUGUAUACAGCAACAGUGAUUGGGAAUCUACUUAUCAUUGUGCUGGUCUACAACUUUAAGCAUCUCCAUUCUCCAAUGUACAUUUUCCUUAGCAAUCUCUCUUUGUCUGACAUCUUGUUCACGACAAACAUAGUUCCAAAUUUGCUUUAUCUCAUCUUGGAAGACCUAGAUAAUACUAUAUCAUUUAAUGCCUGUGUCUUACAAUUUUACAUUUAUGGUAUGUUAGGUAGCACAGAAUGUUUCUUUCUUACCACAAUGUCUUAUGAUAGGUAUUUGGCUAUUUGUAAUCCACUCUAUUAUCACUCUGUCAUGAACAUAACUCUACAAAAACAACUCAUUACUUUCUCUUGGGUAACUAGCUCUAUUGUAACACUUUUUCCUGUUAUUCUCAUAUAUCAACUACAUUUCUGUGGACCGAAUAUCAUAGAUCACUUCUUCUGUGAUAUUGCACCACUUUUAGAACUUGCUUGCUCAAGCACCACUGCUUUAAAAAUGGAAACCCUUAUUUCAUCAAUCUAUGUGGUUCUAAUGCCAUUUUUAUUUAUCAUUUCUACCUACUUCCGUAUUAUCAAAACAAUCCUCAAUAUCAAAUCUGCCCAUGGAAGACAAAAUACAUUCUCUACCUGUAGUUCUCAUCUGGUAGUUGUGAGCACCCAUUUUUUGACCAUAAUUACUGUUUAUAGCAUUCCAACAACAUCAUACACCUCAUCUGCAAACAAAAUAAGAUCUCUGCUUUACAUUGUGGGGACUCCACUGUUCAACCCAAUCAUAUAUAGCUUGAGGAACAAAGAGGUAAAAAUGGCUCUUCUCCAGUUAAGCUCUUUAAAAACAAACAAUUCUUCUGCCAUUGAGCUUCCUCUAAGAAGAACAAAAAAAUCAAGUGGUCCUCACUUGUUUGGAUGA